AUGGCCGCCGUCGUGGGUGCUCCCAAUUCUUUGGCUGAGGAACCCGAGGUGCAGGCGGAGACGGGCGAGCCGCGUUACACGUUCGCCAUGGCGUGCAGCAUCGCGAAGGGGCUGAAGAUUAAGCAGCUGCCAAAAUGCGCUUUCUCUGGAAAGCAGGAGAACGGCGUCACAGGCAAGAUGGACUUGCCGCUCACAUCUCUGGACCAAUCUUCAGGAAAAAUGACGCACGUCGUUGAUGUUGUCCAAAGCUACACUGACGCCUUCGACCCAGACGAGAUCGCAGGCUUCAUGGCGCAGCAGAUGUACAUGAACCUGCCUGGUAAGAUGAAGCCGGCGGCCGUCGUCGUGUGUCCGUUCAAGUUGCAGAUCGUCAUGCUCAAGGAGGCCGCCGCCGAGAACUCGUGCACCAUCAUCAAGCACUAUAAGUUCGACGAUCGGCAGGAGUACGAUGUGUACGGCGCGGUGUGCCAGGGCGUAUUGAUGAAGAUUAACUGGGGCAAUCAGGUGAGAGUCGGCGCACUCGCUUUCAACUUCAUGUUGGACAAGCUCGGUGGCCUGCUGCAGUAUCGCUGGUGGUCGUUCGACCAAAACUUGGCCGACAGGGUGGUCAGCCAAUCCGAAAUAGGAGUGGCGAUCGAUUGCAUCCGCGCGCACACGCCGUACAACAACGCCGACCUGAAACAGACGGCGUGGACGCUGCAGGAGCUCGCGGACCCAGACAGCAAGAUCAACAAGUCGGUGACGGCGAGCAAGUACACGCACCUGCCGAUCGCGUGGGGCGACGUGGAGCUAUGGGCGCAGAAGAUCUUAGAGCCGCUGAUUCCGUCGCUGAAGCGCAAGUCGAUCAUAUUCCUUGGCCUCGGCGGCAUGGGCAAGACACCUCUGAUGCAUGCGCUGAUGAUGGCCCUCUCGAGGUUCCACAUUAAGGACCAGGGAGCCCGCGACACCGACGUUGUUCCCAUGUUUAAGACGGCGACGGACCUCGACUUUUACCGCGACGAGCCAGGCGAGCGCUGGUGCGGCUGCUGCCUCGACGACGGCGACAUGUCGGACCUGUCCGUGAAGGUGUUCAAAAGCUUCUUGGACGUCAGCUGCAGGGAGCCCCUCACCCGUGAGAGGUGGGGCGCCAGUAAGUUCGUGCAGUGCCAACCCAGGAUGAUGGCCGAUAACGAGUUCGACGCCAGCCUCGACCCAACGGUCGCGCUCGACGGCAGGCAGGUCAGGGCAGGGGCUGUCCUAGGGGGCGCAGCGGACCGCAUCACGAACGAGGCCUUCAUCAAAAUGGUGAGGCCCGCUUUCCCCCCGUGUUCUGAGGCGGACCUGGAGGCCAUCUUCAAGCGUGUCAAUGUGAUCGCGAACACCGAGCACUACGUCCACGCCCGGCCUCGGGGCUUGCACACGACCUCCACGAUCGUCACGUACAAGAGCGAGGGCUCCUACAUCGCCCAGAAAGCGAAGGACGUCCUUAGCGUGCAGGUGAAGCGCGAGCAGGAAGAGGAUUUCUUCACGAUGAACUCCGAACUCGCCGACCAGACAAAGCGGAACCCCAUUGACGUGGACGCGACGGACGAGCCUCCUUCCAAGAGGUCCAGGGUGGGCGACGGCGCUUCCUCGUGCGCGGCCAUCCUCAUCGAGAACGACGUCUUCCUGGAGCGGUCGGCGGCCCUCGCCGCGAGCAAGGAGUGCAUCGAGGUGCCCGACCUGGACAGCGAGGAGCAUGCGAUUUCUGUCGACGAUUGCGAGGAGACCCCGAUUUCCAUGGAUGACCUGUACGAGGCAUUCAUGAGGGACGCGAACGCCGCGAGGGCGGACGCCGACGAAGACGAGCAAGCGUUCGCAGGCGAGGAGGAGGAGGACGUGUUCGGGUUCGGGGGCAGCAUGGACUAG